AUGGUUGACGGGAAAGCGGAAUUUGUUGUUACUGAUGAAAAGAAGAUCUCGAAGAAGAAAACUCCUGAAAAUGAUGAUAUCAAAGUCGAUAAUGAUAACGAUGAAAAUAACGAUGAGGCUAUGGAAGAAGACGAAUUUGGAGGAUUUGAAGAUGAAGAAGAUGAUAAAAAAGACGAUGAACAAGAGGAUGAACAAGGUGAUGAACAAGAGGAUGAACAAGGUGAUGAACAAAAAGAUGAACCUUCCACCGCUGAUUCUGACAAGAACGGGGAACUUGGUAUUGUAUCAUUUGCAAACCUUGAUUUGCCAUUACCAGAUGAUAAUGAAAUCAACUUACCAAUCUGGCAAAAGGGAGAUUUAGGAUCUUCAAUUAGUGGUUAUACACUUAAUGGAUUAUCACAAUUAGGAUUUCAAAAACCAACUCCAAUUCAAAAGGAAACCAUCCCAAUCGCAUUACAAGGAAAAGAUGUCAUUGGUAAAGCUACUACUGGUUCCGGUAAGACAUUGGCAUAUGGUAUCCCAAUUUUGGAAAAGUACAUCCAAUCUUUAAAUACAAUUAAACAAAAUAAUAAAGAUAAAAAGAUCAAUCAUCCAACAGGUAUAAUUUUUGCUCCAACUAGAGAAUUAGCUCAUCAGGUUGUGGAACAUUUAAAUGCAUUGGCUAAAUAUUCACCAUUAUCUACAAGAGGAAUUGUAAGUAUCACAGGUGGGUUAUCUAUACAAAAACAACAAAGAUUAUUGAAACAUGGACCCGGGAUCAUUGUUGCAACUCCGGGUAGAUUGUUGGAAUUGAUUCAAGGUGACCUCGAAUUAUGUAAAAGAUUAGCAUCUACUGAUAUUAUUGUUCUUGACGAAGCUGAUAGAUUGUUACAAGAUGGACAUUUUGAAGAAUUUGAAAAGAUUUUAGAAUUGUUUGGUAAAAAUAGACCAAGAAAUAAACUGACGGAAUGGAAAUGGCAAACUUUGGUUUUCAGUGCUACUUUUUCUAGAGAUUUAUUUGGUAAAUUGGAUAAACGUCAAAAGGGUAAAACAAGCUCAUUGAUGCAUAAUGAUGAGGUUGUUAAAUUAUUGAAUGAUAAAUUGAAAUUCAAAGACAAGAAACCAGCUAUGGUUGAUGCCAAUCCAAAAGAAAUCGUUUCUGGUCAAAUUACAGAGGCAUUGGUUGAAUGUGGUCCAACUGAACGUGAUUUAUACUUGUACUAUUUCUUGCUCAUGUAUAAAGGUUCAACUUUGGUGUUUGCUAAUUCUAUUGAUUCUGUAAAGAGAUUGGUUCCAUUUUUGAAUAAUUUGAACAUUCCUGCCUUUUCUAUUCAUUCAUCCAUGAUUCAAAAACAAAGAUUGAGAGCAUUGGAAAAGUUUAAAGAAGCUAGUGAAAAGAAUGAAGUUGCUGUAUUGGUUGCUUCUGAUGUUGCUGCUAGAGGUUUGGAUAUUCCAAAUAUCGAUCAUGUUGUACAUUAUCAUUUGCCUAGAUCAGCCGAUGUUUAUAUCCAUAGAUCUGGUAGAACUGCUAGAGCUGGUAAAGAGGGUGUGUCUGUUAUGUUUUGUUCUCCGCAAGAAGCAUCAGGACCAUUAAGAAAAUUGCGUCGUUUAGUGGCAGCAAAUUCAGAAAAACAGGCAUCCAGAUUAAAUAUGCACAAUGAUGUCAAAUUACUUCCUAUUGAAAUGGAUCUUGUUUCCCAAAUCAAACCGAGAGUUGACAUUUCUUCAAAAUUAGCUGAUGGUAAUAUUUCUGCCACUGCUACAAGAAAGGAAAAAUCUUGGGUUGAACAAGCGGCAGAAGAUUUAGGAGUUGAUGAUUUAUCAGAUAUUGAUAACUUUGAAGACGAUAUUAUUAAGAAACAACGUAAAAGAAAAGAAGCCAAAAUGUUAUCAAAAGAUCAAACAAAAGUCCUUAGAUAUGAGUUGAAGAGUCUAUUGGCUGCUCCAAUAAAGAAAAAUGCUAGAAGAUCUUACAUCACAAGUGGUCUUCAAAACCUUGCCCAUCAAAUGGUUACUGGCGCUCAUCAUGAAGAUGUUUUAGGACAUGAAAAGGUUAAUGCAUUGAAAGAUUUGAAAGGAUCAAAAAAUGUCAAAAAUAAAGUAACCAAAAAUAAAGUAACCAAAAAGAAGACUGUUAAUAAGAAAACCCUGAAAUAG